UACAGGAUAUUUUGCCACUUUGCUGCAGCCUGCAUCUGAGGUGUAGCAGCUCUUCGCACAGGGCAAAAAUGAGCAGCAGCAUCAACAGGUUAAGUGGCACCGAGACCACCCAUUCAGAUGCUUGGCCCAGAAGCCCAGCUCCUCUGAACAUGAACCACUAUGCCAAUAAGAAGAGUGCAGCUGAGAGUAUGCUGGAUGUGGCCCUGCUGAUGGCCAAUGCCUCCCAGCUAAAAGCUGUCCUGGAGCAGGGGCCAAGCUUCCACUUUUACACCCCCACCAUCACCCUAAUCAGCAUCUCUCUGUGUCUACAGAUCACAGUUGGGGUCCUGCUUAUCUUCAUAGUUCGAUGGAACCUGAAUGAUGAGCAAAAACACCAGAGGCUGAACUUCAUGGAAAACUUGGCCACAGGUCUGGUGUUCAUCAUCGUGGUGGUCAACGUCUUCAUCACAGCUUUUGGAGUCCAUCGAACAAAUUUCAACAACUGACCAUGCACACACACACACACACACACACACACACAGGCAAAUCUAUGUAUGUGUGUAUGCAUUAUUUUCACAGUCUUUCACUGCUCCCCUCUCUCUUUUCAAACAGGUAUUUUCUCUCCUGCCUUGCUCUGCAGUUUGCUCCUAAAAACUUUCAUGUCGUCAGCAUGUUUUUGCUCUACUCCUCUUCUGACCGGACCUUCACAAUCACCUACAUGACCUACAAACACAGUGACCUCUCCAGGCUCGCAGAGAAAUUUCCACCAGAAAACAACUGAAACAAAAUACACAGCUGUUCAUUUACCAGAAAAUCAUUGUCCCGCAUGGCUGCAGGCACAGAGAGAAAAUAGCGAACAAGAGAGAAAGAGCCGUAGCGACAAAGAGGUCUGGUACGUAAACAACACAACAUUUGUUCUGAAUGGACAAACAGGAAAGUGGAGACAGCAGCAGUCAGGACCAUGUGACCUCAUGCUGUCUGUCUCCUAUGCUGGCCGACAGUGACCCAAAGCACUAGCCAGACAUGGAUGCACAGUCUCACACACACACCUGAACACUCUUUAAUUUUUAAUUGCACCAAUGACGUUUGAUCAGGUUUAACGGGUGUGCUGAGCACAUGUAUGCAGCACAGGGCAGGCCUCAUCCGCCUCAAAACCACUACCCACCUCCACAGCUUUAACUUUACUAUCAACUCUAUCCCACAGGCGUCAUGCCUAACAUUCAGUUAUAACAGUGUUUGGUUGUGCUAUGAAUCCCUCUGUGACGAGCAAAGCCGGACUUUGUUUGUGGUUCUUUGGACCAGAAGUAGCUGGUGAGUCAGAGUCAACAGAGCACAGACCCCGGCAGAACUACUUGUUAAAACGGAAGCCUUAAUUAGGCAGCAAUGCCACUGAAACCCCAAUUAGAGCACAAGCAAAUGCUCAUUUUAUACACUUGAGUGGUUUGACAUAAAUAUCCAGUAAAGGAAAUUUGAGGCUGUUUCACAUAAUUAUCACCUAAAAACCUUAAUCGCAUUCAUGCAGCUAUCUAUAAUUUCUCCAAGGUGGUUGUGAGGAAGCACCUUUCAGAUGGCAAAACGUCGCAAUCUCAUCCUUUUCCUCCCCUACAACUAUCAUUGGUAACCGUGGAAACAGCCACACUGAGAGCCAGAUUUGAUGAUACACACAGCUUCACUUGGAGGAGAUCUGUAGAUUGAUAUAUAUACAUAAUGUAUAUCCAUGGCUCCUACCGCUCUGUCUUGAAGUUUAACAAAGUGACUCUGUGGGGGCUGAGCAUCAGAGGAUGCUGAUGAUCAACGAGGACUUUUAGUUCCUUUGAAGCGAGCGUAUUAAUAGCUCUCUCGUGGGAAUGUGGACUGAACAAUCACUCUGGUGACAUUUCCAGCCCCCUUUAGCACCUCCCAAUUCCUCCUCUCUCUUUGACUCCCCUCUCAUCUGUUGCUCUCACUUUGCAGGGAAGACAGUGGCAGAAAAAUGCUGCCAAGUGCAGAAAAUCUCCUGAGAUCAGACACCUCUGCUCUGCUGCUGUGAUGUAGACCUUACCUCUGAUGUGACUACUUUCCUCCACAUCGUUUAUUACAAGAAACAGAGAGCAUUCAAAUGCACCCAUCAGGGUAUUUCAAAGGCAGUCUAGCUAGCAGCAUUUAAUGGAGCAUUUCAUCAAGUUAGCUUAACUCAUUCAACCAAAUUGAUUGCCAUUAUUCAUUAAUGAGGUCUGAUCCCUGCUUCCCAUUGUCAUUGUUAUAGCACACUUGAAUAUUUUUCUGUUUUUUUGUGUGUGUAUGAGUGAGGAAGUGGUGCCCUCUAGUGUAUGUGUUGCUGAUGUUGAAUCAAUUAGAUGAAUAAUUUAAUAUAAUCUCCAUUUCAUGAUGACAGUGCAGUGAACAGUGCCAGAAACUAACCCGGAAAAGCUAAUCAAUGCACUGCUAAUUACCUUUAAUUCUCCUUUGUUGCUACACUACGGCAACAUAUACAGCAUUUAA